AUGUCAGGAAGCAAGCGCAUCGAGAAAUGGGAAAUCGACCGCUACUGGGAGAUAUUCUCGUCGCUGGUGCAACCGCCCGCGACAUCGGCUUCGCACCUAACAAACCAAGCCGCAGCCAACGUGCUGCGCAACUCCCAGCUGCGCGAUGACCAACUCGAGCGGGUAUGGGACUUGGCGGAUGUUGACGGCGACGGCGAACUAGACUUCGAAGAGUUCUGUGUGGCGAUGCGGCUCAUCUUCGACCUCGUCAACGGAGAGUACCAGGACGUACCGAAAAGCUUACCAGACUGGCUUGUGCCGGAGAGCAAAGCACACUUGGUAGCGGCGAACCGAGCAUUGACAGGCGAUCGACGGGAACAAUUUGAGAGAAUCGAGGAUGACGAAGACGACGCCGGCCUCAAGGACGGUUUUGACUGGUACAUGAGUCCAGAGGACAAGCACAAGUACGAAGAAAUCUACUCGGCGAACAAGGACCGACGCGGCGAGAUCAGCUUUGACAGCUUGCAAGGGUUAUACGCAAGCCUGGACGUGCCGGAUACGGACAUCCGCAGUGCUUGGAACCUGAUCAACACGAGCGGGCGGGACACGAUAUCCAAAGAUGCAUGUCUGGCCUUUUUACACAUUCUCAACUAUCGUCAUGAAGGAUACCGGAUACCCCGGACGGUGCCGCCGAGUCUGCGAGCCAGCUUCGAGGGGAACCAGAUUGAUUACCAGAUUGACAGUAUGAGGAACCGUCCUAACAAAUACGACGAGGAAACUCCUACAGGACGGAAAUCCAAAUUCGGCGAUGCGUAUUUGAGCCGUCUGGGAGCUAGAGGAGGGUCGGCAUAUACUCCAAAGGGGACGGACUUUUCUGACGUGGUUGAAGAUGAGGAUCUUGAAAAGGUCCGGCUGCUCAGGGAGCUGCGCGAGCUGGAGGCUCAGCAUGAUGCGGCCAUUGCCGCUGCGGAGCGUCGGCGCAAGCAGAGGCAGGAGAAUGGGGGAGGGCGCCAACCUGGAAAAACAAACUGGACACUCGUGAAGCGAGAAGCGCAGCAACUACUGGAAUACAAACGACGCCAAUAUUUGGAGCUGAAUUCGGAGACGGCCAACAAGUCGGGCACCGACCUCAAGAGACUCAGGGAUGAUUUGGCAUUGGUGGCCGAACAGAUUGAUGGGCUCGAAUCCCAUCUCAAGAAACGCCAGGCCGAGUUGGACAACCUCCGUCAAGAGAUUGAGAAUGAGAAGGCGAGUCGGUAG